GCGGCGUCGGGAUGAAAACCGUCUGGAAGCGCCGCAGCUGGGAAAACUCUCUGCGUACACGUGUGCUUCCGCGGGCACGUAGGCUGCCUGUGGAAUAAGAGUAAGUCACGUUUCCUUUUUAGCGUUUCAUAAGUCAAGAGAGACUGUUACGGAACCAUCCAUGAAAAGGGUCAGUGUCUUUCCAGGGAAUAAAUCCAGCCCCUUCUUCUGCCUCCACCUCCUCCUCGGAGAAAGCUGCACAGCUGGCAAUUUACAGGCAUUAAAACGCCGCGAGGAACAAUUAGCCGCUGGCUCGCCGUGUCCGCAAAUUGGGCCCGAAUUUGCAGAGUUUCGCGAGUUAGACGAAAACGGGGUAUUGUUCCCUCUGUUUUCCAAAGAGAGGGAAGUUCUGUUUAUUACCUUCCAAAUUCCGAAGUUUAAAAGCCAGCUCCCUUACUCUCCACUGGAACCGUUACAACCUCCUCACACUGGGAUUAUAAGCUGAAAUAAUGGAGAGAUCAAGACGGGGGCGACGGUUUGCUCUUGGCCUUCUGUUUGGGUUGUGGGUGACUUGUUGUGUAGCCCAGACCACACCGCCAAACCGAGUCUCCCCGGCCCCCUCCCCAUCCCCCCGGGCUCCCCAGCUGAGGGUCCGACUGGCCGGAUAUCCCAGGAAGCACAACGAGGGGAGGAUAGAGCUCUUCCACAAGGGAGAGUGGGGCACCGUCUGCGACGACGACUUCUCCAUCGCCAACGCCCACGUGCUCUGCCGCCAGCUGGGCUUCGUGGAGGCCACCGGCUGGACCCACAGCGCCAAAUACGGCAAAGGCCAAGGAAAAAUCUGGCUGGACAACGUCUUGUGCAACGGUGGAGAGAGGAGCAUAGACUCCUGCAAGUCCCGCGGCUGGGGCAACAGCGACUGCACUCACGACGAGGACGCCGGGGUCGUGUGCAAAGACGAGAGGAUCCCCGGCUUUGUGGACUCGAACGUCAUCGACGCGCAAGUGGACGAGAACAAACUGGAGGAGGUGCGGCUGCGGCCCGUGGUGGCCACGGCCAAGAAGAAGCUGCCCGUCACGGAGGGGGUGGUGGAGGUGAAAUACAAAGACGGCUGGGCUCAGAUCUGCGACCUCGGCUGGACCAUCAAAAACACGCGCGUGGUCUGCGGCAUGCUGGGAUUCCCACACGAGAGGAAGGUCAACAAGAGCUUUUACAGGUUGUACCUGGAGCGCCAGAAGAACCACUUCCACAUUCACUCUGUGGCCUGCACUGGGACGGAGGUGCAUCUGGCAGCCUGUCCAAUGGAGUUCAGCAAGCCGAACGCCACCUCGUCCUGCUCGGGCGGCCUGCCGGCCGUCGUCAGCUGCAUGCCGGGCCCGCUCUUCAUGCAGAACAGCGGCUUGAAAAAGAAACUCAAAAUUUCGAGCAACGUGAGGCUGAAGGGGGGCGCCAGGCCGGGAGAGGGUCGGGUGGAGGUUCUGAAGGACAACGAGUGGGGCACGGUUUGCGACGACCGCUGGAACCUGCUGUCGGCCAGCGUGGUGUGCAGGGAGCUCGGCUUCGGCAGCGCGAAGGAGGCUCUCACCGGCGCUCGCAUGGGACAGGGAAUGGGCCCGAUCUACAUGAACGAGGUCAAGUGCGUCGGUCAGGAGAAGUCCAUCUGGAAUUGCCCCUUUAAAAACAUAACCUCGGAGAACUGUCAGCACAUGGAGGACGCUGCUGUUCGCUGCAACGUGCCGUACAUGGGCCUGGAGAACUCGAUCCGAAUCACAGGAGGACGAACCCGCUACGAGGGCCGGGUGGAGGUUUUGAGCUCAGACUCCAACGGGACACAGAGCUGGGGUCUGAUCUGUGGUGAGAGCUGGACCACCAAGGAGGCCAUGGUGGCCUGCAGGCAGCUGGGCUUGGGCUACGCUAACCAGGGCUUGCAAGAGACCUGGUACUGGGACAGCAGCAAUGUGACAGAGAUGGUGAUGAGCGGCGUGAAGUGUGUCGGAAACGAGAUGUCUCUGAGCCAGUGCCAGCAUCACAGAGCGGUCAGCUGCCAGAAAGCAGCGGCGAAGUUCGCCGCCGGGGUCAUCUGCUCCGAGACGGCCUCCGAUCUGGUCCUGAAUGCGUCUCUGGUCCAGCAGACGGUUUACAUUGAGGAUCGCCCUCUGCACAUGCUCUACUGCGCUGCAGAGGAGGACUGCCUCUCCAAGUCCGCCGCUAAGGCCAACUGGCCGUACGGACACCGGCGCCUGCUCCGCUUCUCCUCCCAGAUUCACAACAUCGGGCGGGCCGACUUCAAGCCCAAGGCUGGCCGCCACUCCUGGGUCUGGCACGCCUGCCACGGCCACUAUCACAGCAUGGACAUUUUCACCCACUACGAUCUGCUGAAUGCCAACGGUACCAAAGUCGCCGAAGGCCACAAGGCCAGUUUCUGUCUGGAAGACACAGACUGCCAAGAGGGCGUCUCUAAGCGGUAUGAGUGCGCCAACUUUGGCGAUCAGGGCAUAACCGUCGGCUGCUGGGAUCUGUACCGUCACGACAUCGACUGCCAGUGGAUCGACAUCACCGACGUCAAACCCGGAAACUACAUAAUGCAGAUCGUGAUUAAUCCAAACUGCGAAGUGGCCGAGAGCGACUUCACCAACAACGCCAUGAAAUGCAACUGCAAAUACGACGGCCAUCGGAUAUGGUUCCACAACUGCCACAUCGGUGACGCCUUCAGCGAGGAGGCAGAGAGGUUAUUCGAGAAAUAUCCCGGACAGCUCAACAACAAGAUCUCCUAAUGGGGGACUCAUUCCUCACACCCAAAGUGCGGUGGGGGGGGGCGGUGAAAGAUCGCACCUUCACCUCCCUCGCUCUGAAAGAAAGACACAAACCCUUAGUUUUCAGGUGCUAAAACGGAUCCCCAGCACACAUCUCUGAUUUAUAGUCCUUGAAAAAUCAACAGUUGUCUUCUUUAUACUUGAAUAUUCAAGUGUUUUUUUUAAAUAUAGUCUAAUUUCCAGAGGUCGGUCAUACAGUCUGUGUCCGACACGUGUACAGCUUUCUGUUGAAUGUUUAUAAUGCAAAUUCUGAAUGAAGUUGGAUUUUUUUCUUUCUUUCAAGUUUUUUUUUUUGAUAAGCUGAUUUAUUUGAUUAAAAAAGCGCAUCACGCUGCAGCUGUACGGCCUGAAAAAGAGAACAACAUCCACGAUAUGCACUGCGCGCUGUGGAAGGGAGACCAUCCUGUAGAAGUGACAAUCCUACGUUUUGAAUGGUUUUAAUUAGCUGAGGAGCUAAAUGUAAAUGAACUUGAGCAUCAGGAAAACUUAUCUUAAAUUUUUUGCACAAAGGAUCGUGUACAACUGGAGCAAAUCAUAACAGUAAAGACAGUUUUGGAAUUCAGUCUGGGUCUCUUUGGUCUUUAGGGAAUCCUGGGCGAACACAUGAAAAGAGAGAAAAUAAGAAUUUACUGGCUGUAUGUAUUCUGA